AUGUCAGUACUGGGGGAGGAAAAACGCAAAGCGGUGCUCAAACAGGUUCUGGAGGACCCUUAUCUUAAGGUUGCAUGGCCCGAGGUCUCCGAGGACAAAAGGGAAUCCAUAUUCAGUCUCUUACAAUCGGCGCUGGCACCCGUCAAACCAUACCGAGAGUCUCAACGACAGGCUAAAGACACAGGCGUUAAGCUGCCACCUACCCCAGGCGCUGUGGAGCAGUCGUCGCUGGGCUUCAAUCCCGUCACAAAGGCACUGCAAAGCCAGGCCAAACAGAAUCUGCUCAGUGAGCCUGUGAAGGAACCGAUCACCAUGGUGUUCAUUUGCAAGGACGACAUCCAACCCGAGAUUCUCGUCAAACACUUUCCUUCGCUUUGUGCAAGUGCAAGCAACACACAGACUGCUGUAAAGCUCGUUUCUCUGCCAGCAGGCUCCAUGGAGAAGUUGUCUGAAGUUACUGGACUUCGUGAUCUAGGCUGUGUGGCACUCAAGGCCCAUAAGGACUUUGAUACUUUGUCCAAGGUGAUAAUGGCUUCUGUGCUUGACGUGGAAUUGCCGUGGAAGUCCGAGAGUCCAUUCACCCCUCUGGAAGUCAAGAGUCUGACUACAUUUGCACCCAUUAAGAAAAGCAAGAACCAGCUGACCGCUGAAAAGAAGGGAAAAGAGAACAACCAAAAGGAACAACAGCAGAAGCAGCAGAAACAAGGGAAACAGGGCAAUGCGAAGCCCAAAGGAAAAGUCACCAAGCCUUAG